AAGAUUGUAAUUUGUAAGAGAGAGAGAUUGUUAUGUUUGAAAAUGGCGAACCCUAGAAGAAGCUCACAUUCAAUCUCAGACAGCCCAUCAUCAAAUCCACCCCCACUACAGAUUCAAAGUCAAAGUCAAAGCUUAAUAAGUCAAAGCCAUAUCCUUCUUCACUUCCUGAAGAAGCCUCAGGCCUUCCCUUUCCUCCUCUUCCUCUUCCUUCUUCUCACAUGGCUCUUUCUCCGACUCCAUUCUCCAACUCCCAAUUCUCCUCUUCAUUCUUCUUCUUCUUCUCAUCAAUGGACCCAAUUCGAUGAUUCCCGCGCCAAUCUUCGAAGAUUCUCUUCUGGGUUUCCUUCUACACUCGCUAAAGAUCACAGGGGCUGGUUAUUCAACCCCAUUUCUCUCGCUCUUCAUUCUCGCCUCUCCGGUGGUGCUGUAAGUUGUGUGUCUGUUCAUGUUGGAGAGAUUCGACCCGGUGGCUUACGAGGAAAUCACAGACACUACUCUUGUAAUGAAACAUUUGUCAUAUGGGGAGCUAAAACAAAAUUCAGGUUGGAGAACAAUGAAGCAAAAGAAGGUUAUGCUGAGGUGAUUAUCGGUGCAGAUGAGGUUGCUCUUGCGGCGAGCCCUAGUGGAACUGCUCAUGCUAUAAUAAACAUGGAUCCAAUGCGUUCUACCUACUUGUUAGGAUGCCAAGAUAGCAUUGUAAACUAUAACAGUUCAGCUACUGACUUUAAUGUUUGGAAAGAUCUUUAAGUUUCGUUUCUCCUUCUUUCCAGGCAAGUUUUUCCAAUCUAAGUGACUUGGGUUGGGACUCUUACCAUGUCUAUAUCUAUUUAUUUAAUUGAAAUGACCACAGUUUCAUUACUUUAAAUAUUUUUUUGAUUUUGGGAUAUGUUAUGGUUUGCUUGAAGGAAACAAAAAACAAGUAAAAGAUCGAAAUUGUUGUUUGAUGGUUUUUGGAAACUUAGCAUACUUGCUCAAGUUUUACUUUCCUCAACAAACCGCGAAAUGUGGAUUGGUUGAAGAAGCAGCUUCUUGGACAGCUAUGAUUUCUGGCUAUGCUCGUUGUGGUCAAAAAGGCGACACUAUAAGAUUGUUGGGGAGAAUGAAGUUUCUUUUGUCGGUUUGCUCUAUGCUUGUGGCCAUGUUGGUUUAGUCAACAGAGGAAGAGUUUUCUUUCGAUUCGAUGAUCAAAAAUUAUGGAAUUAAUCCCUCUCUUCAACACUACACUUGCUUUGUUGAUCUUCUUAGUCGUUCGGGACACUUUGAUGAGGCUGAGAAUGUUAUAAACUUGAUCCCUUUCGAGCUCGAUGAAGCUAUUUGGGCAGCAUUGUUAACUUCUUGCAAGAAUCUGGGAAAUACCCAGAUGGCGAUUAGGAUAGCAAAUUGAAUUUCGAGUAUAUACUUUUAUUUUGUAACUGAAAGUUAAACUUAGUUAUUUAUGUAGUAAAUUACUCUAAUAAGAAAAUAAAACUUGUCUUAUAGUA